CGGAAGUUAAAUAGAUAACCAUUCAAAUCUCUGAGGUGCGUCCACCUGAAAAAAAAACAAUCCGACGAUUUAUGUUCAGUAUUUUAUACCCUGCAUUUAGAGAUAAAGAGAGUCUAGCAAAUGCUUCAGAGACGUCUGUCUCCUGCUGCGCUUAGGGCAAACUGUUUUUAAAGAUCCAGCGUUGAAACCGAACAUUUGGGAUUUUUAAAGAAGGUAACUUAGCUAGCCAGUUACACCAACCCUGAAAAUGAAUUUAUCACAAAGUAAAGAUAUAGUUUCACUUCUACAAAACGAAGACGACGCAGCUGUAAUCGAGACAGCUGUCAGAACGGCGGUUUUGUCGAUUUUGAAGGUUUUUUUCGACAUGAACAAUAAGAGAACACGAUCGUAUCAGGUGAAGUUAGCUGACAUGGAAAAGGAGAAUACAGCACUUAGACUCGAAUUAAAGGCAGCUGAACAAGAGCUUCAAACAUUACGGCAGUUUACUUCUUCCAGUGAUAGUUACAAGAUUUCAGCUGAUGUAAUCUUCUCGCCAGAAUUUGACAACAAUUUCACCACAGAUGUGGACAGAGAAGAAGCAGCGACUUCCCAAAAUGUCUCCGGAAAUGAUACCCUCCUUCAAACCUCAGACAACAGGUCUUUAAAGGAAGAACCAUCCUACGACGACACAUUGUAUAUAAAAAAUGAACUACAAGAAGAGAGCUCUCCAGCAGACUGCGAUUAUCAUGUUAUACCAUAUUUGGGCUGGACAACCAGCGGUCAAACACAGCAACCUGCUGUGCCUAUCCAGAGAUGUGGGGCAUGCCACAGCAGCAACCACUCGGUUCAGGAAGAUGAUGCAUCUGUACCAAGUCUGGAGAAAAAGAGGUUGUCAAGCAGGGAGAGAGUGCGGCGCUAUAGAGCAAGGAUCCGUGCUGACCCAGAGAAGUAUUUGGCCUGGAAGGAAAAGGACCGCUUGAGGUAUCGUCGCAGGAGUAAGAGCAUUCAGGAGCUGUCUGAGCCCAUGAAGAAGCUGAAGAGGAAGGCCUGGAGAGAGGCCACGAGGCGACACCGCGCCAGAAAACUAGCUCAGGCCAAUUUCACUCCGCCACACGCCACCCAGACAGCCAACUUAUGACCAAGACACUGUCAAGUAGUUGUUGUUUGCAUCCUGUUGGCCGUAAGUGCACUAACUCAUAUACUUGUGGGUAUAUAUAAACUAGUAUGCAUUUACACUGUGAUUGGGUUUUAAGAAGGAUUCAUACUUGGCUUAAUUAUUUGGAUUGUUAUUGUUCAUCUUGUGCUCUGGAAACAUGCUGUGGUUCAAUCUAAGUAAAAUUAAAAAAAAAAAACCUUUUAAUUACUUGAUCCAAAUCUAGACAUACAUAAAUGAAAGACUGGUAAAAGGAUUCGCUGGGCUAACCAUGUGUUAAACCUAUGUACAAAGACUGUUAGUAUUAUGUUGACAUUUUGUUCAUUUUCUGUAACAUUAUUUUGUAAUUCAUGUUAGAUUUGCAAUGGGUAAUUUAAACCAACCUGGCAAGUAAGAUUUGCCUCAGAUCUCGGUGUUUCAAAAUAGACCAAACCAGUGUAGUGAUUUAAUGAACAUUCUUUACAACGCCUGAAAUAAAGAUGAAAUACACACCUUAAUACACUUCUCUGGAAUAUCUGAAUAAUACCAGUUUACUGUGGGACACAAUUGCAUAUUAAAGCCUUUUCAGUAUCUGUAUUGCAGAAUGUUACUUAAAAAGUGUUCUAAGCUUUUUUUAAUCUAGGCAGUAAAUGUUUUUGUGUCACAAGGAAAAGCAGUUACAUGGUGAAUUUUUCAUUUCUUUUGAUGGAGUGCUUUUUGAUUUUUAUUACUGACAAGGUUAGCCCAUGCUGUUUGAUAUUGAAGGUGGGGUUCUGGUCUGCCCAUCUGUAGGUUUCAAUUGUAUUUCAGUCUGUUUUUUGUGCUUAAAAUGCGCCCUUUUUAAAAUUCAAACCUUGAGAAGAGGUUUGGUAACCAAAUGAUGAUAUUAAUAACUUGCUAGAAAAUGCACAAAGUUACCUUUUAUUUCCUUAAUUGUUUCAUUGUACUAAUGUUUAUUCAUGCAGAUAAAUGUAGAUUUUUAUGGUUAUCAAGUAUACAAAUGAAAAUAUGAAAACUCUUGUGUAGGGUGACAAGGCUAUUACACAAAUUGUCAUCUUUAUGUUUUUCACUUAAAUAUAGUUAAGUAAUACUUGAAGACAAAAAAUUUUUUCUCACGUGUGCACCUGUAAAAGAAUAGAAUGUGACAAAAACAGAUAGAAAAUAGUGAUGUGGGAGAUUUUUAUAGUUCUUUGCUGGUGUUCCAGGCUGGACAGGAUGUGGGACCAAAUGGAUUUCGUCAGUAAAAUUUUAUUUCUUUUUUUUUGCUAUAUAGAAAACAAAGACGAUAAUCUCAAAACAUUUUUAUUUAUGUAACUAAAGGCAUUACUGGUCAAAAGUGUAUCAAUGUGCAUCUGUUGACCAUGAAUACAGUAUAGCCAAAAGUAUUUAGACAACACUUCGAAUUGUUGAGUUCUGGUGUUUCAGCCACUCUUAUUUUAUAUGUUAACAGGUGUACAAAGUCUAGGACUGUCUCCUUAUACAAGUACUGAUUUUAGAAUAGGUUGUACUGAAGAGGUCAGUGACUUUUAAAUUGACACUGUCAUAGGAUGCCACCUUUGCCACAAAUCAUUUCAUGAAAUGUUUGCUCUGCUAGAUCUGCUCUAGUAAACUGUAAGUGCUAUGACUGAAAUAAAUGCUCAAUAACA